CGGACAUAAAAAGCAGCUCCCGGGGUUGCUUCGAAUAAAUAAAUCUACGCUCUCUCCUUGUCUACGCAGUGAAUAAUGACUCCCAAACGCGGGAGGAAGAAGCUACCUGCAGGUGGGUGUGAAGAGCCCAUCCAUCCAUGGUUACAAUACGAACGGCGUGGCCCAGGGGAGGCGAACUCUGGUCCCCAGAAGAGAAGCUCUGCUUCUCCCUUCUCCAGCGAAUUCCCUCUCCUCCGCCCGCCUCCGUCGCCGCUCACUUGUCAUCCCUCCUCCAAAUCCAUGCCUUCCUCCUCCGCCGCGGCUUCGAUGCCAACCUUUCCCUCCUCACCCGCCUUAUCUCCUCCUUCUCCGACCUUGCCGCCGCCUCCGCCCGCCCUCUCGCCGCCUUCCGCCUCCUCCUCCACGCACGCCGCGCCUUCGAUCGCCGCCCCGCUCAGGACACCGUUCUUUGCAACUCCAUGAUCCGCGCCCUCGUCCACCAUCGCUGCUUCCGCGAGUCCAUCGCCCUCUACCGGGACCUCCGGAGAGGGCCGCCUCCCCCUCUUAGCCCGCCCUUCUCUCCCGAUGAUCAUACGUUCCCCUUCCUCUUAAAAUCCUGCGCCUCUCUCGCCGGCUCGUCCAAGGAGCCAAGGGAAGGCCUCCAGCUCCAUGCCGACGUGAUCAAGCUGGGAUUUUGCCGCAGUAUCUUCGCGUCGACUGCACUGGUGGACAUGUACUCCAAGUCUCGGGACAUGGCAUUUGCAAGGAAGGUGUUCGAUGGGAUGCCUCAGAGGAGCCCGGCGUCUUGGACCUCGAUGGCUGUGGGCUAUGCCAGGAGUGGGGAUGCGGGCGCUGCGAUGGAGUUGUUCACGUGGAUGCCUGAAAAGGACACGGCGGCCUUCAAUGCGAUGAUCGAUGUCUUUGUCAAACUAGGCGAUCUGAAUUCGGCGCGGCAGUUGUUUGAUGAGAUGCAAGAUAGGAAUGUGGUCUCCUGGACCAGUUUGAUAUCAGGGUAUUGCAAGGUUGGCGACAUGGAGGUAGCUAGAAUCUUGUUUGAUAAAAUGCCGGAGAGAAACCUCUACUCUUGGAAUGUCAUGAUCGGUGGGUAUUGCCAGAAUCGACAGCCGCACCAGUCACUGGAACUGUUCCGAGAAUUGCUGUCUGAAUCAUGUCAAUUUGAGCCGGACGAGGUGACAGUCGUGAGCAUUAUCCCUGCAAUUGCAGAUAUGGGUGCAAUUGAUCUUGGCCGAUGGAUCCACAGCUAUGCUCGAAGAAAGGGGUUGGAUCGGGUGAUCAGUGUUUCGACAGCAUUGGUGCACAUGUAUGCCAAGUGCGGGGACAUCGACAAGGCGAAGCAAAUUUUUGAUAGGAUGCCAAGCAGGGAGACGGCCUCUUGGAAUGCAAUGAUCAAUGGGUUCGCAGUAAACGGACGGGCGAAGGAGGCAUUGGAUGUAUUUGAGGAGAUGCAUAGAAAGAGGAUCUCUCCGAAUGAGGUGACGAUGAUUGGGGUAUUGUCAGCUUGCAGCCAUGGGGGUCUUGUUGAUGAAGGGAGAAGGUGGUUCAGGGAGAUGGCAGCAUUUGGGAUUGAAAGGAGAAUUGAACACUAUGGGUGCAUGGUGGACCUCUUAGGAAGAGGCGGAUAUCUGGAGGAGGCUGAGAGGAUGAUCAAGGAAAUGCCAUGUGAUCCCAAUGGUAUAGUGCUGAGCUCUUUGCUCUUUGCUUGUGGGUGCCAUGGGGAUGUUGCUAGGGCCGAGAGGGUGAUGAAGAUGGCAUCUGAUAUUGAGCCCGGGAAUGUAAGGAAUUAUAUUAUGUUGAGGAAUAUUUAUGCCGGGAAGAAGUGGUGGGGGGAGGUGGAGAAGAUAAAAGAAGUGAUGAGGAAGUUUGGGGGCAAAAGGGAGGCAGGGUGUAGUGUUAUUGAGGUCGGGAGCAGGGUUUGGGAGUUUGUUUCGGGGGAUAGAGCUCACCCCGAGUGGGAAAUGAUAUGUGGUGUGCUUGGGAACCUACAAUUGCUUAUGAAACGCAAAGAGAGGAGCAAGGAAUUUGACAUGAUGGCUACCUUUUAACAUUGGUAAAUGAGGAUUCAUGGAGGCACGGCUUACGGUAGGGAUAACUUUGAUGGUUAUGGUGAUGGCUUCUGAGGGUGAUACACCCUCCUCAAGCUUGAACUUUAGAGGAUGCUUAGAGCAAUAUUGCUUUUUUUCUUUUUUGUGGGAAAUUUGGACUGCGAUGGAUGUUAAUAUUGGUACCGCAGCUCAAUCUAUUUAUAGUCAAGCAAUUGGAUGACUGUUUGGUCAGUGAUCCGUGCCAUGAAGACCAUAGUUGAAGGGCAGCUCGUGGAUGCUUAAUUUGAGGAACAGAAGAUGGUUUUUGAAAGUGCUUUGAUGUGGUGACAGCAGGCUUAAAACUAAGAUAUGAAUACUAUAAACAAUUCAUCAGACGGCACUGGCAAAAGUGAUCCCUGCUUCUGGAUGUAUGCUUAAUUGAAGAGUAUGAGUGAGAGCAAAUGAAAAUGGCACUUUGUAACUCGGUUAAUGAAUCAGAGGAAGAUCAUCACAGCUUUCCCAACUAAGGCACAGGGAAGGCAUUUUUAAAUUUCAAUGGUGUAUUGUCUUAUAAAAAAUUCUGAAAUUAUUUCCAUCACUAAAUUUAUUGGAAGUCCUAGGAAUUUUGGGUUUAGGAGAUCCAAAAUUUUGUUGUAUCAAUUCUUUUUUAUUUUUCAUACUGAAGUAUCUGAAGAGACUUGGAUUACCUACAAGAAGGGUUUCAUGAUGGUACUUGCAAUUUUGUCUGCCACG